UGCGGCGGCGCGGCCAGGAAUGGCGGCCCUCGGUGCCGUCCGCCGCCGCGCUGAGGCCUUUCCAGCUUUCUGGAAGCUGUGCGUUUUGGAUCUUUCUGAUGCUCCUCAGAAGUAAAACCACCUUUGGCGGUGAAACAAUCAGUUCCAAGCGUGGCCGCUUUCCCCAGCUGCCUGAACAGCCGCUGGAUCCGGAGGGCAGUUGUGCGGUGUGGUUUGUGUUGGUGCUUGGUUGGGUUGUGCUUCCCCCCAGUUGAGGUGCUGGAAGGAGAAGCUCCCAUCUCCCAUCUCCUGCCUUUAUCUCCAGGCCUUUUGAGGUGUUUUGAGUGUGUGGGCACAGUGACCCGAGGAAGACCAGGGAGGUCAGUCACAGGAGGAGACGAGGAGUAGGGGGCAAUGUAGAGGGAGAGGGAUGAGAGCCCUCCUGACUAGUUCAGCUCCUUGGGGAAGCACGGCCUGUUAAGUUUCAUUUACAGUGCUUGGAUGUCAUUGUGGGAAACUCGCAACUCAAGAGCUCUCUUUCUGUUUUGCUUGAAGCUUGGUAAUUCUCUUUUGCUUUCUGCUAGCUGACAGACUUGAGUUCUGUGCUGAGGCACAUCCUGGGUGAAUUUGUCUUUGGAGUGCAGUAAAAAGCUACAGUGUAGCUUGUUUUUACCUCUGUGGUUUGAUUUGUUUUGCAGUUCUGAAUGUUGAAACUCUGCAGGUUGGUCGUUCUAAUGGAGGACAUCUUCAGUGGUCGUACCCAGAGAGUUUGUGUAGUUCAGGUGAAGGAGUAAGCCUCAGUGCCUUUUGGUCUGUACACUACAAAUGGUGAAUUUGGGGCCAUUCGCACCCAAAUCAGAAGUUACACGGAGUACAUCCCAAUGGGGAAGUGGAGGAGUUAGAAUAUCCCAAGUUGGAAAGAGCCUGUAAGGAUUACUGAGUCCCAUCAAGGUUUUGACCUAUAGUCACACAAAUACUGAGCUGGUAGUGCAAAGGGAUAUUUCAGAGGGAUGUUUUAGUCCACGGGCAGCUUCCUCUCUAAAAUAAACCUGAAGAAGGCAGGAAUUCAGCUGUCCCAACCAGUCUUUCAAGUUUUCAAUAUAUUUGGUUUGGUGUGACUACUGUUGUAGAAAGAGAGGGGGAAAACUGAAAGCUGAUUUGCCCAUUUCUUUUUUUUAUAAACCCUAAUCUUGUAAUGCAGUGGUUUUGAAAUUAGGUUGCAUUUAUAAAGCAUAUUUUUUUUCAUUGGAUAAGUGGUCCUGGAAUGCACCAAGAUGAUUUUAUUUGGAUCACAAAACAUUUUUGCAUAUACUGUUUUUUAGGAGCAUGAAAGUCUUCAGUGUUUGCCCUAAAGUUUUGAUAGAAUGUGUAGUGUUUUCUGCAGUGCUUUGCAUUACUUGCUGCCAGCUGUACAAAAGCUUCUUUUCAAGUUCCCUAACUAAGAAAAGAAAUCCUUCCUGGUAAAGGAAGUGGACCAGAACAAAUAUUUUCUGCAUGGUGAAUUUCCAGUUAUUAAAGGUGUACAACUGUCAUUUUAACUGCAGAAUUGAUCUGUGUGCUGCCACUAUGGUUAAAAGCUAUGAAUGGGGGCUGGAAAGAGAAUCAUUCCUAGGGAGGAGUACUUGGGAGGUUAGGAGCAAGAUCGCCCUCUUCCCUUCAUCCCAUUCUUUCUACCAUUACAAAGAGAAUGCAAGAGAGAAACUUAGCUUGUACCAGCACUGAGAGGUGUUUCAAAAUUGCUUUCUUUUUACAGAAAAUGAAGUUUCUGAAUGAGAUCUGUGGCCUUAAAGGAAACCUUAGGCGGCAAAUGAAGUAAUUAGACCAUUUCUCCAGCAUUUGUCCCUACCUCUAACAGGUGCCUUUUGCCUGAUGACCUUAGUCCUCAGGGACAUGAUGGAGCUCCUAGAAGAAGAUCUCACCUGUCCCAUUUGCUGUAGCCUGUUUGAUGAUCCUCGUGUCCUGCCCUGCUCACACAACUUCUGCAGAAAGUGUCUGGAGGGAAUAUUGGAUGGAAACGUGCGGAACGUGCUGUGGAGGCCAUCCCCUUUCAAAUGUCCCACGUGCAGGAAGGAAACUCCUGUUACUGGAGUCAACAGCUUACAAGUCAAUUAUUCCCUGAAGGGUAUCGUGGAAAAGUACAACAAAAUCAAAAUAACUCCAAAAAUGCCCGUGUGCAAAGUGCACAGCGGGCAACCCCUGAACAUUUUUUGCCGGACAGACAUGCAGCUCAUCUGUGGGGUUUGUGCCACCCGUGGUGACCAUACAAAGCACAUGUUCUGUUCCAUCGAGGAAGCUUAUUCCCAGGAGAAGCGGGCUUUUGAAACCCUGUUUCAGGGCUUUGAAACGUGGCGUUGUGGAGAUGCGCUCUCUCGGCUGGAUACCUUGGAAACCAGUAAGCGGAAAGCUCUGCAGAUGCUGACCAAGGAUUCUGACAAGGUGAAAGAAUUCUUUGAUAAACUGCAGCACACGCUGGAGCAGAAGCGAAACGAGAUUCUCUCUGACUUUGAGACCAUGAAGCUUGCAGUGAUGCAGGCCUACGAUCCGGAGAUCAAUAAACUGAACUCGAUUCUGCAGGAGCAGCGGAUGGCUUUUAACAUUGCAGAGGCCUUCAAAGACGUGUCGGAACCCAUUGUAUUCCUGCAACAGAUGCAGGAGUUCAGGGAAAAAAUCAAGGUGCUCAGAGAAACCCCUUUACCUUGUUCCAGUGUGGACAUCACCCCUACAAUGAAGAGCUUUGAUACCAGCCAGUGGAAUGGAAUCAAAUUGGUUGACGUGGACAAACUUUCUUUACCUCAGGAAAACAACAGCCUGAAAUUGAAGAUUCCCUCAGUCUUUUCACGCAGAUUUAUAGUAGCCUCUCUCAUCUGCUUGCUUAUUCUUGCUGUCACCAGAAUGUCUUUUGUGGAGUCUGUGGUUGACAACUUCCAGUGCUGGAAAUCUCAGUUCUUUACCAUUAGCUUGUCCUACCUGGCAGAUACGGUGGAGAUAGCUGAUCAUGCAGUCUUUUAUUGGGAACAGAUGACUGAUGGAGCCUCACUUCUGAGUGAGAAAUGUAAAAACUACACGUUGGUUGUACUGGAUAAUGUUGCACAGUUUGUGUGCAAGUAUAAACUGUUGUGAAGUCCUUACUGAAAUGUAAGAAGUGAAAGAGAUUUGAUGGGGAAAAAAAACGUAGAACGUUGUAAAAUUAAUUUUUUUUUUUUUUUAAAGACUUUCAUUGUAAGCAAUCAGAGAUUUGAAAUGUUUUCAGAAUGUCUGUAAUGUUCGUGUAGUUGGAGCACUACUAAACUGAAGGUGAAACAGAGCUCUGAAAAACAUGUUCCUGGACUUCUGUUGUGGUGGUGAUUAUGGAAUAUUCAUUUAAAAUCAUUUUCCUUACUGAAAUUUAGGGCCUGUGUACUUACUAUAAUGACAAAAUGCUUGUGGAGUAAGAAAUUGUAUAUUCUUUGAUAAAAAGCACUCCUAUAGGGCAUAGUUGAUUUUUUUUUUUUUUUUCUUAAUUUGAAAGUCGUUUGGAAACAAAAAGAAGAGCUGUGAUUGAGAAGAGUGUACAGUAAUCUGAGGGGUUUAAGAUUGCCCUUCUACUGCAAAACACAGUGUAGAGUUCAGUCUGGAAUCCCUUUCUACCUGAGGGUGGUUUUACCUGUAUUCCCUGAAAAAUAAACGUAUGUGUGUACGUAGGUGAAUAUA